AUGAGUAAACAAAGUGCACAACUUGAGUGGUAUGGGGGCAGAGAAAUCAAUGACUAUUCAAGUAACUCAGAUGUCUAUAGUAAUAAUAUAUCCGAAAGUGGGUCAGAAAAUUGCAGUGACUAUAGUUCCGACUAUGAGUCAGAUACCGAAACAAGUACUAUUAAGCCUCAAAUAUUCCAACCUUCUAAAGUAGAAGAACAAGUGUCUAAUACAACAUCAUCCACAGAGCAAGCAAGUCCUACAUAUACUAAACGGCAAGAAAGAUUCGAUGAUAAAUUUACUAAAAAAGAUGUGAUGAAUAAAAUUUGUAAAAUUGUUUCUUCACUUGCCAGAGAUAUGUCGAACAAUAAAGGAUCAUUAGAAGAUAUACAUUUAUGGAAUUAUCUCUUAUCUAAUUACAGAGCAAAAGAAAAAAUUACACCAAAGUUCUCCAUUAUAGAUAAUAUAUCUGAGAUAUAUGGGUUAUCUAGAAUUCAUGAAUGUAUUAACAGACAAUGGCUUUUAAGAGCUGUGAUUGAUAUUAAUGCAUCUAAAGAAAAAAUAGAAGCUAAAAACAUUAAUACUAAAAAUGAAGAAAUUAUUAAAGAAUUGGUAAUUAUAACAUCAUCUGAUGAUAGUAAAUGCAGUUAUCACUUUCUAUACACCCCAACUCUUCUUGUUGAUUAUCAGGAGCUCAAAGAAUUUACAGAAUUAGUAUACAGAUUAACAGGAGAAAAAUAUGAGAAAAUAAAUCAGAAAAAAAUAAUUGUUGGUCAAGACUCACUAAAAAGAUAUGCUAAUCUAGUUUUGCAAAAAUAUUCUGAUUAUCUUGAAGGGUGGGAUAUCGAAAAAAAAAAUUCUCAGUAUUUCCAAAAUAGAGAUGAAAAAGGUGAAAUUUUUAACAACCCAUCUAUUGCAGAAAAAAUCCAACAAAAAAAUAAUAAUACCCCCAACUAUCCCAAAAUAAAAGGCCCAAAGUUUCUGAAACCCUUUUUAGAAAUGCUGAGUUGGGUUAAAUGUAAAUCUCUUCUUACCACGAAAGAAGUGUAUGAGAAGCAAUAUGUAGAACCUUUACUUAAAGAAGGUGAUGUAUAUGUAGGCUCACCUUGGGAGAUAGGAAAAACUUAUACUUUAGAGCAUCUUACAAUACCUGAUGGCAUAAACUUACUUACGAGGCAAAUUAUUGCUAUGAAUAAUGAUCUUACAGACCUUAAUAUCGAAUGGAUAAAAAACCUUCACAGAAAUAAACUCUUCUCAGUUAUCCAUAACAUCUAUCAAUUCCAAAAAGGUAAAACAUUUCGCUUGGCUUCUAAUAAAGAAACUGUAUUAGCUGAACUCUGGGAAUGGGCUAAGCAAAUGUCUUCAUUACCUUCCAAUGAACAAAAAAGUGCAUCUCUUAUCUGUCAUCUCAGAAAAGAUGUACAAGAGAUUGUUCAUGCUCUUAGAAUCAAUUUUCCUGAAUUACAUAUUAAAAAUUAUCAUGAUAAGUCUGAUUUGGCUAAAAAGGCUCAAGAUUUUGGUAAUGUUAAUGAAACGUGGAAAGAGAGAAUGGUAGAUUUUCUUAAAAAGGCAGGUAUGAUAAUUUCUAUAAUAAAAGCUACUCCAAAAGCUAAAGAUGAUACCAUGACAUUAACUGAAACAGUAAAGGGGUAUUCUUCAGCUAUUAAAGCAAAGGAAAUUUUAGACAUUGCUAAUGCCAAUAUUCUCAAUCAUGAGAUGGCCAGACACCUAGAAAACAAGCCAAAGAAGACUUUAGAAGAAAUAUAUGUGUUAAACCAGUAUCAUAUUGCAGAUUGCUAUGGAGUAUCACCUAAAUCUAUAACUGAAGAAUUUAUUACAGAUUACGCGGUUGAGGCUAUUAUCUGUGAAGAUUAUAAAAAUGAUAGACUUACAACUGUUACCCAAGCUGAGAAGUAUCAAAUUUGUCUGGAAUUACUAAAGACUUAUACACCCAUUAAAGAUAUUGAUGAUCGAAAUAGAUAUAAAGUUAUUAAUGUCAAAACAUGCUUAAACUCAUCAGAAUCGAUACAAUACCUCCAAAAUUUAGUACCAAAAAUGGCUCAGAUUUUUGAUAAUACAGAUGCAUCUCAUAGUGCUAAAAAAUCUGGCUUAAAAUUGGAUAAAGCAAAACUUGGUUUAUUAAAUUCAGCACUUUUUGCAAUCUUUAAGGUAAAGUUUAAAACUACUAAUAAUAAAAAUACGCAUUACCAUCUAGUUGGAAUAUUUGACUAUAAGGAUGCUUCCAAAUUACCACCAUAUCAAACAGAUAAAGGGCAAUUUUAUGAAAAUGGUGAGGAUAUGCAUUAUGGAUAUAGUAAACUCUCAUCUGAUGAAUUAGAACCAUCUCCUAAUUGUAUCUCACAAAAUACUCAGGACUUAUUCGAUAUCAUUUAA